CGCACGAGGGCGCUGAGUUAUUAACAUAUUGCGCUAUCAAUCAGCAGCUUUACACCUGUCCCAAUUUGGCGAUUUCGUGUUCGCUUACGAGAGAGGGAAGAAAUGUCAAGAUAGUGGGAAAUUUUGUCUUGAUAUUGAAGCUUCCAGAGACAGUUAUUGCACGAUACAUCAGUGGUCUGUCGACAUUUAUAUGCCCUGCAGGAUUGGGUAAUUUGUUGACUUUUCCACGCAGACCCAUACGCCGCCGCCGGCGGUGCUGGUGCAAUAUAUCACAUCGAUGCUUUACAAGAUCGAUACCCGACGUGAAAGCAUCAUUCAUCGCUCGAACGUGAGUCGUAUACGUUAGGAUUUCGUGAGAUCACUGUGCGGGUCCAGUUAACGCUUACGGGAACGUUUCGUCGGUUUGUUGGUCUGCUGAGCCACCUGUAGCUUAUUGCAUGAGCUGAUGCACGUGUGUGAGCACGCUUAAAGGAGUCUUGCAUUGGUUCAUGUAGGGCCUACUACUAUCAUUUAUCGUCGAUGGAACGUGCGUAUACAAUCGAUGCAAUGUUUGGUGAGAGCGAUACCAAAGGUGCCGGGAUGGACAGCGUUGGUGCAGCACACGACAGUUUUCCCAGGUACAUCCAACGUGACAAGCGUGUAACGUGCAUCGUGAUUUUCUUCUUGUCCCUAGCUCUGCUGGUUGUCCGGGCAAGCUGCGAGGCCGCGACCCAAGACCUGGUGGCUUACUUGGAGUGCUACCGGUGCACCGCCCACGAGUUUGAGGAGGAUUUCCGGAGCAAGUUGUCGCAGUGCCAGAGCGGCGAGGUGGAAGAGACGGUCCAGUGCCCGUACACGAUAACCAGGGAGGAACAGGGAAUCCAGAAGACAUUCCAACUAGCGCCAAGUUGCACGGUCGUGAAACAGAAAGCCGCAGGCAUCAUCACGAGCUACACGCGGGGCUGCAAAUUCUUCCAAAACUGCACGGACGUGGAUAUGUGCGGCGAGUCCACGGAGGAGUCGGGCGUCUGCCGUUCCUGCUGCAACUCGAACCUUUGCAAUGCAGCGCCCUCUGUGGCCCAUAACAGACUACAUGGUUUAGUCGCCUUGGCCGCCAUCUUGGUUGCAACCUUAGUGAUAAGGAGAUGAGAGCCUGCGUGUUCACAUGAUCACGAAAAACAAUCUCACGCGAGUCUUUAUGGAUCCAGUGAAAUAACAACGCAUGACACAGCUGGCAAAUUUUGUACCUGAAAGGCUUACAUUCCAGAGUACCCAAACUUGAGAAGACUUUAAAAGGUGAACCUGAUGAAUCUGCAUGCAGAGUAAUAUGCUGCUGGUCAGACAUAAAGUGAAACAGAAGAAUAGCAAACUCGAACAUCAGGUUGUCAUAACAACAGAAAAAGAAAGAUGCCUUUCUGGUAUGUCCAUUGUGUGGUAUCGUCGUGAUCAUGUGGCCAAGGAAACAACAGAAACAAGAAACGUAUUGAUGCUCACAGGAUGUUUGUAAAUUGCGCAUACUUUUGAAAGAAUCGUCUAAACAUAUAUUGUACAUGAAAUUAUUUAAUGUUGGUGAGGUCAUUUUAAGCUUGUUAACUUCGCAAAGUGAUCUUUUCCUCUGGUGAAGGUGAAACUUUCGAGUAAAAGCAUUUGGGUUACUACUGGCGUGCACAUUGACAAUAGAAAACAAAAGAUAUCUUGGUUGUGGAAUGCCAUUGGAAGAGCGUUUAAUUCUACCUAUCAGAAAUAUAUCGAAAUAACAUUAUCCACUAUUGUGCUGAUCAAAGUAUUAUACAACCGUCAAGCAAAUAGUGUGCCUUUAAAGUGCUGUUCCGUUGGAACUUCUCAAACUGCCUUCUAUUUCCUGAAGUCUUUGAUGGCGUACAUUGUAAAGAGGGUAUAGAGGCUCCGCCCACCGAAGAUAUUGCACUCAGUGUGAUUCAGAUCGAGCCUACGUGUGCAAACUGUAACUUGCACCACUCUGCAAGACGAUACAAAGAUGGCCGCCGUAUUGAGCGCCCCUGGGUAAUAACCCAGGCUGCGCAUACCAUACUGGUAAGGUAUAUGGACGCUGUUGGAAUGUAAAUUUCCCAAAAUGAACUGGUGUGGACCGCGAUAGCGGAUGUCAGCUGCACAUCUGUGGCCAACCAGGACGGGUAUGCAACCACUAGGUCGCGGGAAAUGUGGCGACGAAUCGAUAACAUCUGCCCGGUAAACGGGGAGAGGGAAAUCCAUAAUCAUCACAAACUGUAUGCCUUGUAUCAACACUGGGGAAACAGUGCAAGUGUGAAAUCGCCGCAUCCUCCUCGCAGGCUGCUCCCGCUAAAAAAAUUGUGCACGACGAUCGAUGGCGGGUCGUCGAAAUAUCAAUGGAAACAGCUUCGUGCGUUUGGGAGCAUAGAGAAACAGUGUGCAAGUCUUGGUCCAAGUGUAUGGCAGCCACUGUUUGCCUUCUCGGUGUAAGAACGGUUACAGCCCGAUAGUAGUAAGGUUCGACAGUCCCAAGGUUCGUUAUUCCGAAGGUUCCUUAGUCCGAAGGUUCAAUAGUCCGAAGGUUCCUUUGUCCGAAAUUCAGAACUUCAGAGCAAAACACAGAUAAGUUUGCAACAAAACAGAUUUGACCCCAAACGGCUUUUGUUAUGGUUUACUGAUGGGUUUUACACACUUAUUCAUUUCAUUUGGGUUUGUCAUUGCCUUGUCGUCAAUGACUUGCUAAAGUCUUUGAUACUUAAAAGCGAAGAAAUUGUUUUAUCCUAUCUGAAAUAAGGUGCUUCAGCUGGUAUACAACUCAUAUAUUGCAAUCAUAUCUCAAUUUCACAUACUUUGUAUUAUCCGAAAGCAGUUAGUGAUUAUACACUGUCAAACAUUCGAUGCCAAGUUUGACAUAAAAUUUAAUGAUACCUCGUCAAGUUUUCUCAAUGUGCCAUAACAUUAUAUGCACCGGCACUUAUUGCACGGGAAUAGUGUAUGUGCAUACAUACCGUGUGUACUUGAUUUCAAGUAGCAAGCCAUAUAAGCUGCGCUUAAUCACGAAACCUUUCGACCAAUCCGAGUACGCUAUCCUACACUCAUGGAGGCCCCCUUCAAUGGUGCAAGCAUUGUGCUAGCUGUCGAUUUGAUACAUUGUAAUCCAUCAUAGCUGGCACAAUGGUUUCGCCAUUGAAGGGGGCAUCCGUGAACAUAAAUUGAUGACGUUCUGAGAUCGGUCUAUCUCUCCCCCAGUCUAUUGACGAAGGGUGAGCGGUUCUAGUCUUAAGCCGCCCUCAGGACGACCUUCGGACGACACAGAACAGUGACUGUCGGCGAAUAUUACGAUCCCCACCUACAUCCUUGCAAAUUCCCAGUUAAGCCGUGUAGAUGAUCAGCUACACUGCUUAGGCGGAGUGGGAGGAGGUGUUUUGGUCCUAACCCCGCCUCCCUCUCCGGCCUAGUGGGUCGCCUCUCACGCUGUAGAUCAUAUUUCAAGAUUUUAAAUUUCAAAUAAAAUAAUAGUCACUUUGUUCUUGCCUCAAAUUAUAGUAUAUUGUCAUCCUGUAGUAGAACAGAUCCCACAUCGAGCCGGGGUCCCUCAAAUAAUAAAAAGGGGGCCUAAACAUUCCGGACGCUUAAGCGGGAUACGAAACCGAUUCUUCUGAAUCUAUUAAUAAUGUGUACCAUCAAAGACAAAUACCCGUGUGAUAAUGCGAUAGUAUUUGCAGUAUGCAGACCACUUUGUAUAGGGACAAAGCUAACUGAAAACAAUGGACCAAACUUUCUUUAAAAGUCUUUCAAUUAUUAGCUCCGUUCGAAGACCAGUGUGUAUCAUCUGCUUUGUUAAUAAAGGUGUAAUCGGUUGUAAUUGUA